CAUGUUACUGGGUAACUUAAUGGUAUUUUUUUAAAUAUUGGAUAGAUAGAGGUGCAUAAAUAAUAUUUGAUUGAGUGUGGAUAAAUAAUAACUGUAGUUCAUUACCUAAGCUUAUUUGUAUUUUCAUGAUAAACAUUAGUGUUGUUGUUAUCUAGAGUGUUUUACUCAACUGCUAGUAGCUGUAAGUGUUCCAGUGUGGUGUUGCUGAGGAGCUGCAGAGCUGCAUGUGGAGUUUGUUUGAGCUCCGCCUCUAAACCUUUAACCCCCACAGAAACUAUCUGAACUAUUUCAACACACACACACACACACACAGAGCGAGCGAGGGGAGGGGGGAGACUGUGAAUGUGUGUUGUGUGUGUGUGUGUGAUCUGAUUUCAGUGGAUCAUGGAGCUGCGCGGUGACCGCGGCGUGUCGGAGUCUCCUGGCCGCACAGACGCGCUUCUCGCUCGGUUACUUCUGCUCCGGAACGCCGCUGAACGGAACUAACGCUGGAGGAUCGGACCGGUACCGAUGGCUGAUCCUCUGCGGAGGACAAUUCUAGCCAAACUCAGGGGCAAGAAACCCAAAGGGAAAGACGCGAGCCGGGAGAGAGAAGGUAAAGCAAAAGUUUCUCAAACGCAGACAGAGAGGGGUUAUAUUUCAGAUGAGAUGCGGGGUGAACCGAGCUGUGUGACCGGGAUCCGGGCGCCGGGUCUCGGCUAUAGCGCGGUUGCGGCGGCGGUGCGAGUACACCGGAGCGGGGGCUCAGAGUCCGGGGGUCCCGCUGGCGAGGCGGUGGAUCGGAGCGAACAAACCGAGCCGAAGCGCUUCCACACUGUCGGAGACUCGAUCGGCUUCGGAAACUGCGAUUUAAACCCCAAAACAGAGGCUUUAAAGCGAGCAGAUGGUCAAGAUAUCGAGGAUAAAGACGCGAAUGUUACAGCUCUCGAGCAAAAGGCCGGGAAAAACAUCACCGAGCGGAGCCCAAAACUCAACUCCGUGUUUGAUUAUAUUGACGGAAGCGAUUUAAUUCGAGUUCUAGAGGAGUAUCGCGGAGCUUUCAGCAUGCCAGCGUUACAAAGUCCAACUUUUUUCCCCACUGAUCUGGAACUAACAGCGGCCCCCGGGCGGAGGGAAGGGGCCCCUCGGCACCACUCGGUGGACAGCGAGGACGACGAUUAUUAUGAUAACCAGAUUCUGCCCUUUUAUGAGUCCUGCACGCAAAACAACUGCGAUGACAGACAGACAAACACUACUGAACUAACAGAGUCCACGCAGGAGACAGACCGGCUGAAGUCGCAGCUCAAAGAGGCCUAUUAUCUGCUGAUAAACACCAUGCACAACAUCAGCCUGGAUGGUCAAGUGGAAGAUAACGGAUUUGUGGAUCAGGCGAGCAGCUCGAGUCGCUCUCACGAUAGCGUUAGCACACAAUCCACCGAUAAAAGUGAUGUGUGUCUGUCUGAAGAGCGCAGCGGUCAGCAGCCGUUCGGCUCGGACUCCGCGUUCUUUACGUUGGUUGCUCAGUCGUGUAGCGUGGGGUCUUCGCAGAGUAGAAGUUUGCAGAAUAUUCUCAAAGCGAACACCAAACCGACGCUGCAGCGCUCAGUCAGCGAUAGCAGAGUCAAAUAUUCCUCGACUGCAAACACUUACGAGGAAGCUUCGCUUUCCAGUGUGCGAAUGGUUCGCAAUGAUAGCGCAAACUCUAGCGAAGAUCGUAAGCACCAGUCGGUCAGCGAUGCGAUGGUGCCGAAACAGCCCGGCGUCACUGUCAACAAGAUGCAGGAGUGGAUGCAGAAGGGCCGCGUCCUGUCCUCAGAGAUGAAGCAGAGGAUCAUGGGAUCCUCAGCGAGAGCCAAUCACAGCGGCCGGAUGCGGAUCGGAGCAGUGCACAUGGAGUGUGUGUCCGGUGUGUGUCAGCGAGAGCCCGGUGUUCGUCAGGCUCCGUUUAACCACAUCACCGUCUCCAAAAAGCGCAACUGGCUCCAGCAGAGCUGCGGGCGGGCGUUCCUGCAGCCGGAGGAGAUGACAGCGCCCCCUGCGGGCCUGGAGGAGCACACACACCCCCUCAGAACCGACCCGGCGGAAGAGAACGAUGCGGACGAUGAAGGAGAGAUCUGGUACAACCCCAUUCCAGAGGACGAGGAGAGCGACUGCGGUCAGAUGAGGAGCAGCAGCAGACGAGCCAGUGCAGCCGACGGCCGGAAGGAGAGUCUGAGCGCAGACGGAGCUGUGUCACUGAGCAGAACACAGGAGGAGAACCACAGAGCCACAGGUGUGUGUGUGUGUUUAUUUUCAGCUGUGAUUGAUAAACUGGUGAAGGCAGAGCUGUUGUGAGUUCUGAAGCUCCUGACCUGUUACAUGAUACAGGUCAAAUCCUACAGUCAUUCAUUCAGUAAACACUGCAGUGUGCUUCAACCAUGCUAUUGUGAAAUGCCUUA